AUGAACGAUCAACGUCAAAAACUAUACCGGCUCGGACGUCGCCCGGGUGAACAAGGUCCGCGUCCUCUGUCGUGGAACCAGGACAGAGUCGAAAAAUUGGCUACUGGAACAACCAAUCCAACCAAUCGAAAAAUCAAGCAUUCAACAACAACAACAGCAAGUCACAAAACAACAGCACCAACAUCAUCAAUACCAACAAAAAGAAACAAGAUUCAAGCACAAACACCAAUGACAACAGCGAAUCAAUAUACAUCAAACAAGUUAAAAAUAAUGAAACAUAUGUUUACCGUAGGGACUUGGAAUGUCCGAACAUUAUGGGCAGCAGGCAAGUUGGAAUUAUUAAGAAAUGAAAUGAAACGCUACAAAUAUGAUAUUAUUGGCAUUUCAGAGGUGCGGUGGACAGGACAAGGUGAAACAUCAAACGGUGAUUUUAUUUGGUGUGGGGAAAACAAUACACAUACUAAAGGUGUGGGGAUGUUACUGAGCGUAAAAGCUCGAAAAGCUCUCUUGAGCUACAAUCCAAUUAAUUCAAGAUUAAUUACUGCACGUUUUACAGCAACACCAUUCAACUUAACAAUAAUCAAUGUUUAUGCACCAACAUCGGAAGCGUCAAUGGAAGACAUGGAAACAUUCUACGACAACCUGGAGGAAGCGGUGGCGAAUACUCCGAAAAAAGAUAUACUUAUCAUUACUGGUGAUUGGAAUGCAAAGGUGGGCGAUAACAAUACAGGAUGGGAACCUGUCAUGGGUAAAUAUGGUUAUGGAACAAGAAAUGAACGUGGCGAACAAUUAUUGGAAUUCGCAACAUCGCACAAUCUAUUUAUUUGCAACACAGCAUUUCAACAAAAACCAAAUCGCAAAUGGACAUGGGAAUCACCAGAUGGCAUACACAAGAACAUGAUUGACCUCAUUCUUAUACAAAAUCGGUGGAAAUCAUCCGUAAUCAACUGCAGAACUUUCCAAGGAGCUGAUAUCAGCUCGGAUCAUUCUUUGGUUUUAUGUAAUAUCAAACUAAAAUUAAAAAAUCUAACAAACAAACCAAAGCAGAGUUUACGACUCGAUACCAACCAACUCAAAAAUCAAGCAACAAGAAACAAUUUUCAAACACAACUGGAACAACAACUCAACAGCCUCGAUACCAACUGCAAUAUAGAUGAACACGCUUCACAAAUCGAACAAGCAAUCGAACAAGCAAUAACAGCAAGCCUUCGAUACAAUCCAACACAAAAUUAUAUGGGUGGUGCUCAAAUCGUACGGGGUGGACAACAAGGUGCUGGUAUUGCUUCAACAAAUAUAUGGAAAGUCCCGUUCAGCAGUCCGAAUAGGAAUGGACCUUGGUGA